GAUAUAUAUAUAUAUAUAUAUCUUUCAUUACAAAAAACAAUUGAAGACUUUCUGUUUGAAUGAGAUAACUGAUCGUUUGAAAUAAUAAAGAAGUUAUUUUAGUAGUUAGCUAAAUAUUUUAUCCAAUAGGUGCCAAGAUAUUGUAACAACUUGCCGACAAAUUUAAACGAACAUAUUCAAACAAAAUUAGAUACAUAUACGUAAGUAUAUAGUAAUAGAUAAACGCAUAAUAAUAGAUAACUAUAUAGUAAUGGUUUGUGAGUAAAACGUCACGUUAGCUACAGAUGGAAUGCGUAUAAAAAAAGUAGGUGAAUACAACACCUGUACUAAUAAUAUUACAAACAAUACAAAAAAGAUAACACAGAAAUUACGAAGAAAAAAGCAACAGGGGAAACAAAGUGAAAUAUUAUCAAGAACCGACUAUUUUAUAUAUCAUAUUUCAUUAUUCGAACGAAAAUAUUCCACUUAUCGUUUUAAUGAUUCGAUUGUAUGGAAAAACAAGCGACGAAGAAAACAAAAAUAUAAUGUUAGAAAAAAAAAACAUUUUACUCGUUACCAUUUAUUGGAGGUUAUGUACGUCCUGAUAUAUCAUAUUUUUGCAAUAUCUUUGUACACUUCCGAAAUUCCUUCGAUUAAAAUGUGGCAAUUCGUUGCGACAUGCUGACUUGGCAAACGAUGCAAAUUACUUAAAGACAGCUCGACGACAGCGCAGUACUAAACCGAACGAAGAACAUGGUAGAUAUAAAAGGCAAGUAAUUAUGCAUCUUGAUAUACACCAGCAGUUUAAGAAUCGAAUAAGGACGAUGAACUCCUACUAUUACCAAACGUUGGCACCAAAAAAUUCACCGAAUUUCCUAGGCUUGACUCCAAAAGUGCGAUCAUGAAAGGAGUCGUUAAACAAUUGGAAAAGUGGCCUUCUUAUCUUUUUUUUGUCUUUUUUAUUGCGUGUGUCAUAAUAGUAAAUCUUGUCUUGCUCAUCAUUGUAUCAGCUACUCUUUCUUUACCUACGAACACAACGAAUACUGAAAACCGAGAGAACUUUAACAAAAGAUCGAUCAACGUAUACUCAGUGAAACAAGAAGAUCGUAUAUGGUCGAUGAUGGAUCUUUGCCACAUUGAAAGUGCAGCACGUGAGAAUCCAGAGUUAAAUAUCCACCUAAUAAAUUUACACAAAAAAAACCGUAAGGAAGAUUCUACGCAAGAUUUUAUAGUAACGAGGAAACUUGAGCCUGAAAUUAGAUCGGUUACAAACGCGAUCGAUUUACAGAACAAAGCAACCAGAUCUUUAUGGAUAAUGCGAGAAGCUCGUUUGAGAGAUCAAAUUGCUCAUAAAUACGAGAACGUUAAAAACCACGAUAUCACCGUCGACAAUUUCUUUCAAGGAACCAAUCUCUCCAAAGUAGCUGGAAAUUUAAAUAAUAAGAUAUUGAAAAUAGCUACCGAAGCGUAUUUCAUUUGGAAUUCAUCCGGAAUCGCCCUAGAUCCUAGAUUAUAUUGCAAUCUGAAAUAUAUUUCACAAGUUAUUUGCAAGAAACAAAACGAAGAAUGUGUACCCGAUGGAUUGGCCACCAUUGAUCCACAAAAUAACAUUCAAGCUGCUGGAGUACCUUGUCAAGCAUUUAUAGGAUAUUUUAUAAACGAUAUAUCGAAAAACGAAUCGAUCCGUAAAGAAGGAGCAUUAUUGAAGUCCAUAAACAAGUUUUGUCCACAAAUACAUUCCUGCAACGAAGUUAGAAUCUUGGACAACGUCAAAACGUGCCGAUUGAAUAUUUUAAAGUGCCCAAUCGUUCACCAUCAUGGAUUUCUAUUAAGUGCAUUGAGUUAUAGCUACAUGUUACCCCAUUUAUGA